AUGGAAUAUUUCCAGUGCUGGGAGGGGGUCACCACUGCAGAGCUGCAGCAGCUCUGGGUGCAGGAGGCAGUGGACUCCAUGGUCAAGAGUCUGGAGAGAAGGAACACCUGGAGGAUUCAGGGUUUCAUGUUCCAGCACAGCACCAGCUGUUGUGAGGACAGCAGAUCUGCCAUGCAGCUGGUGCACCAGUGCAUUGAGCACUGCCAUGCACCUCUGGCUCAAGUCCAUGCCCUGGUGACCAGUGAGUUAGAGCAGUUGCAGGACUGCCUGGCCCAAUGCACCAUGCACUGCAAUGACAAAGCCAAAAAUUCAACAGAUGCUAGAAGUAAAGAGCUUCAGGUGAAGCUGCAGCUGGAGAUUUGUGUGACCAAGUAUGUGGAUGAUCAUAUGUACCUCAUCCCAACCAUGACCAAGAUGAUGGAGUCUCUCUUGUCCGUUGGGAAAUAG